GGACCUGCGCCGUGCCGGGCCUCGGGUCGGUCAGCGCGCAGAGCGGCUGCGGGAGGCUCUCUCUGUGCUCUGCCGGCAGCACUGCUGCUAAUUCCUUUGGUCUUUCUCCUGUGACGGUGCCCCGAGCCACAGGCCUGACUGUUUUUUUUCAGUUGCUCCGUGCUGCAGCGUUGCCCUCUGGGAGCCGACCCGGCCCCUGUCUUCCGAGUUUCUCUUCCUCUGGUUUCACUCUGUGAGCUGCUGCGGUUCCCUCUUGUCUGCAGCCUGGCGAUGGGACAACGCGGCAGGCUGCUGACCUAUGAAAUUAGCCUUUGCGAGCGUACCUGCUAGCCUGAGACGUGGGAGUUUGGAACAGGAGAGGAGGAACCAGGAGGGAGUGCAGGACUUCGUGCAGUGAGCCGGCCCGGGAUGCUGGAGCGGACUGUCGGCAGCUCGCGGCAGGGCUGUGCCUGCAGCCCCGCUCCCUUCUGCUCAGCCACGAGCUCCGGGUGGUCUCAGGGUUGCCCGUGGAGGCUAGGUUAAUCCUUUCUUACUCUUAGGGUGCGAGUAGCUGUUUUUGUACCCGUGGGUGUUGGUCGGGCAGCAGCCUGCAUUCCAUUCAGAAGGGAUCUUGUGUCUUCCGCUUCUUCUGGGCAUUCAGGUUGUACUUCUGCCUCUUCUUUCUAGGCCAGCAGAGCUGCAAGCAAGUGACCUUUUUGUUCUGCCCUGAGGAGCAUCUGCUGAUUGUGAUCAGGUGGUCCUUAGUCCCACUGGCUUGUGGCUACACUGAGUGUUGUGCGAGUCUCUUCUUCGUGGAUUAGGUCAGCUGACAGAAACAAGGAACCCACGUGGAAACCAGGAAGUGACUUUGCAACAAUGAGAUGCCUCAGCUCCUCGCUGUUCAGGAGGUUCUGGGGGCUUUUGCCUCAGUAUGUGUCAGUGGGACCUAGUCAAAGUCCUAACCUCAGUCCCAAGCAGUCAUCUUUGAGACAGAGCUGCAGCGCAAGACCUGGGCUGGUGACUGCCCCUGAUGUGGUCAGCUUCUGGCAAAAGGUGUUUGAGAAGAAUGGGAUCCCUGAAGCACGAGAAUCCAGUGAAUAUAUUGUGUCAUUUGUCUUGGGAGCAAAGACAUUUCAGAGCUUGGGCUCCGAAAAACUCUGCACUCCGCUUACAGCAGUGCAGCAGGAGCAGAUCCAGCAACUGAGCUGCAAGCGACUGGAAAGAAUGCCAGUGCAAUAUGUGCUUGGUGAGUGGGACUUUCAGGACCUGAAUCUGAAGAUGAGACCUCCAGUAUUUAUUCCUCGUCCUGAAACAGAGAGCCGAGUGUUAGCUGUGGAUAAAGAAGAGGCUGCUGUGGACCUCACCAGGGAGAACGUACAUAGGCUGCAACUCCAAGACAGGAUCCACAUCCUCCACCAUAAUGUUUCAUAUGGUUCUGCCAAACAUCUGCUACCUUGGGGCCCUGUGGACUUCAUAGUCAGUAACCCUCCAUAUGUCUUCCAUGAAGACAUGGCUUCCCUGGAUGCAGAGAUCCUCCGCUAUGAGGACCUUGAUGCACUGGAUGGGGGAGAUGACGGGAUGAGAGUCAUUAAAAUAAUUCUGACUCUGGCUCCUUCUCUUCUGAAGGAUUCUGGUGGUGUGAAGAGAGCUGCAGUGGUGGGCUGGCCAAGGCAGUCUCAUCCUGGGCCUGUGAACUUCACUCGAGGCCAGUUUUUGCUGUAUGCAGAGGUGAUGACGGCCGCCUGGCUGAUGCUGCAGCGCCAGGCUCACCCCCCAGAGCUGCUUCCCCUGCUCACUGAGCAGCAUGUAACACAAGCCACGCAACCACUGUGCGUUGGAGCAACGUAAGUGGAGCAUCAAAGUGGGGCUCACACGAGGCAGCAUUAACCCCAUAGGUGCACUUUCUCAGACAGUGCUUUGCCCCAUGCUGCAACCCUGUGGUGGUCAGAGGGCUGGGAUGCAACGUUCAUCCUUCCAGGAGCACUGCACAUGUUCCAGCAGCACCGGCAGGGGAUGAAGGAGGGCCAUGAUUAAGUGGAUCCAGGCAGAUUUGAACAUGAGAGCAUGGCUGGACAGAGAAGAAGAGUCACACAUCCACUGCCCAGUUAAUUUUAAUUAUAAUAUCUGUACUUGCAUAGGUAAUGGAUGAGAUGAGACCGACAGUGGAAUUUGGACUGGAAGUGCCAUGUAAUAAUAUGACUGCUGUAACACACCUGACUGUGUCUGUCGUAAGAGGCUGAAACACACUCCGUUCCUUGCUAGCUCAUCUGCCCUGGGUGAAGGGAAGUCAUGCUCCUGGAUCUGUGGAGAGGAGAGGGACUUUAGCAAAUCUGAGAGGAAAGGAUCAUGUGCACAUCAGCGGGUUAUUUCCCCUUCCACGAGUUGCUGUUUUAAAAUGCUGAUUAUUUAAGGCAGAAAAUGUUACCAUAUGUGCUGCAGGGUAUUUCUGCUCUGGCAGGAGCCGUGGUAGCGUGGCUUUGGUCAUGGACUGGGCUUUCUGUUCCCUAUUGUGUCAGUCUGAUUCUCAAGGAAGGCUCUAUGUCCAUGUGUCUCUCUGCAAUCAGAAACUGCAGAAUGAGAGAGUUCAGCCCAGCUAUCCUACAGUGCCUCAGCAAACUGACAGGUGUCCCCAGGAGAGGUGCUGCGUGGUAUUUCAGCUGCAGUGUGGGUCAGCCGGUGUUUCCAUAAAUGCUCCCGUACUGUGGAUCUCCACUGUAAAACAUGAGGUCAGUUCACAUGAAGGUUUGGGACAGGAGUUCUCAGAAUGCGAACUUGUUUGCUCUCAGGAAACGUGCUGAAGAUACAGGAGUGGGAGUCAUUAAGACAAUGUGUGAUUGCUGUGCUGUGCUGGCUUGACUCAUGCCCAUCACUUCUGCGGAAAGGGAACAGCAGGGUUUUGUGUUUGCAGCUGUGGGAAAAGUUUAGCCCAGCUUAGAUAACAAGGAAAGUACUUAGCAAUAUAUCAGUAUUUCCCAGGGUUUUCCAAGUUCCCUUUUGAAAAUGGAUGCAGCUUUUCUUUUAUUUUUGUUUUUCCACUUUUUCAGUAUUUUACUCCUUCUACAUCCCUUUUCUUUUUUCCCAUAAACAGGAGGGAUGUGUUUGUUUUUAACAACUUAACCCUAAGCAGAACAUUCCAUUGCCAGUUUCCUGGCUGGUGUGCAAUGGAAACCCAUUGGUGAAGGUCUGAAAUGUUGAUUGCUGGUGUGUGGCAGCGCCAUGACCAGCACAGAAAGAUCAGCGGGUGCUUAGGAACACCUUCCAGCACAACGCCAAGCCUUGGAACUGGUGCAUUAGGAUAAAGGAAGGGUCUAAUUGAGAUUGUGGGUUUCUUUUUCUGAGCAUGUUUUGAUUUCUGUUCCCGUGGGAGAUGCCAGCAGAGGGUUCCCUGGUGUGCGGCCCACGUCUGCCCACAGUGGGGCACAUGGGGUGGCCUCAGGACAAGGGCAGGAAGCUGGAGCCAUCAGCCUUCAUCCAGAGCGGGUUUGUGCUUUCUGAGCUCCUCUUUCAACACCCCCAUGAGCAGAAUUUUUCUUUGAGGCCAAUGUCAAGCCCGCUGUAAACAAGUUACCAAACUUCCAGCUACGUUCCAUCUCCUUUCCCCUAGAUUGUAAUGGUUUUCUAUGGCACACAGAAGCAAUACAAAAAUCAUCCCUUUCUUUUUCUACAUCCUUAAACAACGUUCCUCCAGCCCUUGGUGAAGUGGGACUCAGGGUCUGCUGCUGCCUGGCUGUAUGCAGUGGAACCCAGGCCAUGCUGCUGAAACUGCUGACAGCUCUGAAGGGCUUUCCCUUCUGGCUGUUUAAAAGAAAUGGGCAAGACUGCCCAGCCUCCCCAGGGAGGAUCUCUGUGACUAGCAAAGGCACUCAUCCAUCUGGAUCUCACCAAAGAUUUACACGCUGAGUGGCUUUAAAAUAUAUUUAAAACGUUUAUUGAAAAUCCAAGUCAAGUGAAUUUUAACAAACUGUUCAUGAUAGAAGAAACUGACUUUUGGAGUAACUGUAUUGUUUAUUCCUUGUAUUGCAGUAGCACCUAGAGAACCCUAUUGUGCUAGAUGUGGUACAGACAACAGAGGUGGUCCCUGCCCAGAUGAGCUUACAGCCCCCAGCUCAGCACCUGCUGGCGGUUAACCAGCCCUUCGUUCUCCUUACUUAGCUGCACUCUCCAGGGGCAAUGAGGUCAAACCUUCAAGCUUGGUUUCCCCAUUACCCCAGCAGAGGAAAGAUCAAGUAGGUAGGAGGUUUCGGAGAGCUGAAUGACUUGCCCGUUCCCGCUGUACGUUUCUCAGACUGAGUUGUAAUGUGUGCUGUACAGGCCUCGGCUGUGGCUAAGCCAUGUGGGCUUCCUGAGAUCACUGCUGCUCCUGGCAGAGCUGUGGUUUCCUUGUUCCCAGUGUCCUCAGGCAGAGAGGUGUUUGGAUAAAAGGAAGCCUUGACAGUGGUUUUAUGUUUUAUGUUAUUUAAAAAAAAAAAGUUUUUGUUUUGCCUUUUAAGUUCUCAUUCAGUGCCUCCCCAUGGAUGCUGCCAUAUGGGGCAAAGUGGAAGGGUACAAUAAAAAGCCAACCUGACAUCACACACUGCCAAUCAUUGAAGUAUCAAAAACAAAGCUUGCAAGAGCACAAACCUGUAUAAAUGUGGGGAGGAAAAAAAAA